AUUAAUUAAACUCAUAGCGUGACGAGCAGUGAUUUCUUAAAAAAAAAUCAAGUUAUUUUGGUGCCGAACCACCAUGCCUAACCAUCGAAAUGCGUGUACAAUAUGUUUCGUUAUUUUAGUUUUUAUAACAUGCACCAACGCCAGUAGUAAGAGUUCAACUGAGCGUGAUUCAAGUGAUAGCAAAUCGGCAGAAGCUCACUCAAAAAAACCAAUUCAACGCCAGGCAAGCACUGAUGAUGUUAAGGAAAAGGAACGCAACUUUUCAGAAUCAGAUGACGAUGAUUCAAACUCAGGGGCAGACAGAUCCGAUGGCGGAGUAGAAGCUGGACCAAAGAUUACAAGAGGAUUUUUACGCGACCAAGUUGCCAACCAGGAAGGUUCGGAUGAGCGGCGCAAAAAACGUCAUGCUUAUUUUUACCAUGCCGAUAAAUCAGUGGGCUGGUAAAAAUAUAAGACACUGAUUUCAAUAUACAUAAGUUGAAUGUA